UUAUUUUCGUGGCCAGCUAACCAGUAAAUGUGUUGACGUUAGCUUACAAUACAUAUAUACAUAUAUAUUUAUAGAUGUAGCCUAGUGUAAUAUAAACGAGAACGCGUUUAGCUAAUGUGAGAGUGUAAUCUCUCACGAGGUAGCUGAUUAUAAAAGAAGAAGGUCAGCUGAUGAAUGUUUUAGCAUUAGCAGUUAGCCCAGCUAGUCAACAUAACAGUAACGCAAGCUAACGAUAGAUAGCGUAGCAACAUUUAGGCAGCUAAAGCCACUCUCUUAUCAUCGCCUACCACCGGUCCCCAUUGCCCUACUGGUUGGAGAAAUCACUGCAUAGAGGAUACAGCUGCAAAGCCUCCCCAAGGUUGAAACCUAAGGAGCAAGAUGUCAAUCACGAACACUCCCUCAAGUAACGAUGCCUGCUUGAGCAUUGUGCACAGCCUGAUGUGCCACCGGCAGGGAGGGGAGAGCGAAAGCUUUGCUAAGCGAGCCAUCGAGAGUCUUGUCAAGAAACUGAAGGAGAAGAAAGACGAGCUGGACUCCCUUAUCACAGCCAUCACUACAAAUGGAGCUCAUCCCAGCAAGUGUGUAACCAUACAACGAACUUUGGAUGGACGCCUACAGGUUGCAGGGCGGAAAGGUUUCCCCCAUGUUGUCUAUGCCCGGCUGUGGCGGUGGCCUGAUCUACACAAGAAUGAAUUAAAACAUGUUAAAUAUUGCCAGUACGCCUUUGACCUCAAAUGUGAUAACGUGUGUGUCAACCCAUACCACUAUGAAAGGGUUGUCUCCCCAGGCAUUGACUUAUCAGGACUGACCCUUUCCAGUUCAGGACCACUCAUGGUAAAGGAUGAAUAUGACUAUGAUAACCAGCCAUCUCACUCCAGCUCUGAAAGCCACCUGCAGACUAUUCAGCAUCCCCCGUCAAUGCCAGGUCCACCAGAACCCUUCAUCAGUCCAGCUCUACUCACCCCGUCUGAUGGCACUGGUUCAGCUUCAACCUCUGCUUUUUCUUCCAUCAGUGCCGGACCCUCAAAUCCUCCCCCAAACUGGAACAGAAACAGCAGCUUCACCCCUGCAGGGCCUCAACAUCAGAACGGGCAUCUACAGCAUCACCCGCCCAUGCCUCACACAGGGCAUUACUGGCCUGUUACUAAUGAAAUAGCGUUCCAGCCCCCCAUAUCCAAUCACCCUUCCCCAGAAUACUGGUGCUCCAUUGCGUACUUUGAGAUGGAUGUCCAGGUCGGGGAGACGUUUAAGGUGCCAUCCACAUGUCCGAUAGUGACUGUGGAUGGCUAUGUGGAUCCCUCGGGAGGAGAUCGUUUCUGUUUGGGCCAGCUGAGCAAUGUCCACAGGACAGAGAACAUAGAAAGAGCCAGGCUUCACAUUGGCAAAGGUGUGCAGCUGGAGUGCAAAGGUGAAGGAGACGUUUGGGUGCGCUGUUUGAGUGAUCAUGCAGUGUUCGUGCAGAGCUAUUACCUGGACCGAGAGGCCGGACGUGCUCCUGGAGAUGCAGUUCACAAGAUCUACCCCAGUGCUUACAUAAAGGUGUUUGACUUGCGUCAGUGCCACAGGCAGAUGCAGCAGCAGGCAGCAACGGCUCAGGCAGCAGCUGCAGCCCAAGCUGCGGCGGUGGCUGGGAACAUUCCCGGGCCUGGCUCUGUGGGAGGCAUCGCCCCUGCCAUUAGUUUGUCUGCUGCCGCCGGUAUUGGGGUUGACGACCUGCGUAGGCUGUGCAUCCUGCGGAUGAGCUUUGUGAAAGGCUGGGGGCCCGACUACCCACGGCAAAGCAUCAAAGAGACACCCUGCUGGAUUGAGAUCCAUUUACACCGAGCUCUGCAACUACUGGAUGAAGUUCUGCACACCAUGCCCAUAGCUGACCCUCAACCUCUUGACUGAGUUUGAAGACAUAAACUGUACAAAAAACAAACAAACAAAAACAAACAGACAAAAAACUCUUGACUCUACUUUUAACAGACUACUCCACAUAUAGGCUUGGAGUUGAAGGAGGACCGCAGGGAAGCCUAGCUGAGAAGGUUGUAGGAGUAGAAACAAGGACAUUAAAGGCCGGCAGUAUACUCCGAACACACUGCUUUAAAACCCAGCACUAUGAGCAGUUCCCACUAUACUGAGCGAGACUCCAGGUCUGUGAAUUCAGUGUCUGUGACUUCCAAACAAAAGCUGGAGGAACAUGCGAGUCCACACGGGAAGGAGUCGUGGUACACUGGAAACAUACUGCCAAGAGGAUGCACAUGAAAAAGGAAGGAAUUGCAUAACAGCAUGAAGUGAAAAUCUCAAGUUUGAUGGAAGAAUACAAAAACACUAUGACACUCACAUGAAUUUAAAAAAAACGUGUCCACACUGAAAUUAAAAAGGUGCAAAAAGUGUCUCAAUAAUUGAACCGUAGUGCUGUGCAAAAAGCAUUGCAUCAUUACAGCAAAGUGUUAAGUGUCAAACCAGAAAUUAUUCACUGUUGUGUUCUGUGGAUCAUUUAUUCAAUAUUUCAUUUUUUCAUGCAUAGAGUCCCCACAACCUUUACUUUUCUGAACUAUUUCUUAUAAAUAGGGCAAACUAUUUAGCUUAAAAGGCAAAGCUUUGUAUUAAAACUGAUCAUUUACUCUGUCUGACAAAAGAACAUUUGAUUUCAGUUGGAGUAUACUGCCGGUCCAGUCGUCCUUCAUCGGCUCUUGGGCGCCGAUAUGGCUUCAUGUAAGUGGAGUUUUUUUCCCCCUUCAAUGAUCAGGACAUUUAUGUAAAAUCAUGUUAUUCAUUACUCAUGUUAUUGUAAGGGUGUAAUCAAUAUUUUUCAUUUCUCACAGUCCUUGUUUGAUGUUUAAAAAAAAUUAUUAUCCCCAUUUGAAUAGUCAUUUUUAAUGAGAGGCUGUUAUGACUUUAUCAAAUGAUGUUUUCUAUGGACGUUUUUCAAACCCCAAAGUUUAUUCAAAAUAUUUUCAAAAAGUAAAAAGUUGACGAGACACAUCUGUGUAAUAUCAUUAUUUGUAAUAGUCAUUUCUAAAUUAGAUGCCCACAUAGUGUCCAUUAGCACUUUAUUAAUUUCUUAAAGUAUUUUGUCUUGUUUCAUACUGUAGUCUCAUGUGUGGUUACUUGUAUCCAUAUAAUCUCUCUUAGCAUAGUUUAAAUGUAUUUUCUUGCUAAUGAUGAUCUUGGUGAGAUCCAUAAAUCCAAAAUUGUGGCUCAAAGUGACACACUGCCCAAAAUAUAUGUUUUGUGGUUAAUCCUUUUAUUUUAAUUUUAUACAGAUCCCUUCAUUUUCAACUAAUUUUCUGAAAAAAUGUGAUAGUAAUUUGUAACAGUUAAUCUUUUAGGACAUUUUACAAAACAUUUUGGUGCAAUUUGGUACAAAUGAUAAAAUGAUAAAUGAUAUAUUAGCAUAUGAGGUGGUUUCUUAAAACUGCUACGAGUAAGCAUCUAUGAAGAACUUUGGUAACAUUUACUUUCCUGCAAAAUUUUCUAGGACAUUUUUCCACAGUUUCUUAAAAGUAGCUUCAGUGUAAUGGCUUAAAUCAAAUAUGCUAAUAUCUUGUUUGAUACUUAAAACCACACAAUGAAAACUGGUUUCCUGUCAGUCAAGACUCUAAUUAAUUUGCAAUCUUUUUUUGCAAAUUAACAGCUACAUAUUAAUUUAGUUACUAAACCAACUAAGCCCUUUUUAAUGUUUUUAUAUUUCCUUAUAUUUAAAGAAAAAUUGCACCGCCCUUUCUGUAAAUGCCUUAAAAAUACAUUCUGACAAAUUACACAAUUGACAGAAAAUGAGUAUAAAAUAAAGGGACCUGCAAACUAUUUUGUGCAUCAGACACUCAUACACUGCAGGUUUGAAAGGUUUGUUCAGCUAUAUUUUGGUAAAAUAGUUGUUCUUACUUCAUGUAAGAUUUACCUACAAUUUAACGACCACCUUUCAAACUUACAUGGGGCUGAGUUUUUGAUACCCAAAGACAUCUUUUUGGGUAGAAUGUCGCUUUAACAUGGCUCACUGCCACCGUUUUUUAAAUUUGAGUAUUACUUGGAUGACACUACUCUGGACAACAGCUGAGCAAAGGAAGCGAGGAAUGAACUGUGAGAGGAAGCGUAAGCCAUACUGAUGCCAAAUAUACCCUUAUAUGAAAAGUGAAAAGGUUAUCAGAUUGCAGUCAUUUCAGUGUUUUGUCUCUUGUAAAACUGAAUGAUUUUUUAGUUUUUGCUCAGCACUCUUUAUCAAACAAUAUUUUUGGUAUUUGGAGCUCUGUUUGUUUACUUACAGCUGUUGCAGUAUUUUAUACUCUUUUUGCUACCUUUACAUUAAUGAACCACUCUGGUCAUGACUGAAAAUGAUUUUAAAACAAUGCUGUACAAUUUUCAGGAAAUGCAAGCUCAUGCUAAUCUUUACAAUUAUGUCAUACAUUCUGAAUCUGAAUGAUAUUGGUGUUUAUAUGUAUGAAUAUGGUUGAAUAAAAUUGAAUGGGCUAACACUAUUGUUUAGC